AUGGGUCUAAGAAUGGAUGACAUACAUGCGCCGACGGUGGCGUCGGGUCCUAGUAGCACACAGGCGAAUGGAGCAGAAAGAGAGAAGCUGUCGCUGCCAGAGCUCAUUGCUGAGAAGGAUCGCGUCUGGAGCGAGCUGUCUGCACUGGGCUCCGUCCUAGACAGCGUAAGUCCUGUCGCUCUGAGUUAUGGUAUAGCUGAGCUGACAUGUUCAUCUUCANNGCAUGGAGUCAACAUGAGCACCCCACUGACCACAUUCGACGGCUAUCCUCGCCCCGACCUCGACAUUGCCCAGAUUCGCACCACACGCGCCCGUAUCAUCCCCUUGAAGAAUGACUACAAAGACCUGAUGGCCCGUAUCGAGAAAGCCAUGCAUGCGCACUGGGAGAACGCCGCAGGAGCACCUCCGCCAAUAGCAGCAGCACAACCUUCAACUCAAACUGUCGAAGCAACACAAAGCUCGCGCAUCGCACUAGAAGCACCCUUUGCCAAAGUCAACAGCGUCGUCGCAUCAUCGCCAGCCGCGACAGCAGGCCUCAAGCCCGGGGACAAGAUUACGAGAUUUGGAGAUGUGGAUUGGAUGAAUCACGACAAGUUGAGCAAGGUAGCACAGACGGUACAGCAGAACGAGGGCGUUGCUAUCGCAGUCAAGGUCAUCAGGCCUGCAGCAGCAGGUGCUGGCGAGCAGAGAUUGGAAAUGCAGCUCACACCACGACACAACUGGGGAGGCAGGGGCAUGUUGGGCUGUCACCUGUUGCCUCUGUGA